UGCUAAGAUUCGAAAUUUGCAACUAAAGUGAAGGGCAAUUUCGUCAUUAAUAGUUGCAACAUUAACCGUUGUAUUGUUGCAGUGUAAAUAUACAAAUUCAGGCACCGCCGAUAUCAGAAAAAGCGAAAGCUUCGAAUAUACAACCACCGCAGUUUCUUCCCCAAAUCUAGCGCAGAGAAAUCCAAGGAAGAAGAAAUAUGGGGCUGCUCUCCAAUAGAAUCGACAGGGGCAGCCUCAAACCAGGGGAUCACGUCUAUUCAUGGCGCACAGCUUAUAUUUAUUCUCACCACGGCAUCUACAUCGGUGACAACAAAGUCGUACAUUUCACAAGACGCGGCCAAGAAGUAGGUACCGGAACAGUGUUAGAUCUCCUUCUGGUAAGUUCAGGACCAAAUCGCUCCCACAUUCCAUGCGCCACCUGUAUCCCACCUGAAGAAGGGCACGGUGUGGUCUCCUCAUGCCUCGACUGCUUCCUCGCCAGAGGAAUUCUCUACCGCUUCGAGUACGCCGUGAGCCCCGCGCUCUUCCUCGCAAAAGCACGAGGCGGCACCUGCACAUUGGCCGUCUCCGACACCAACGAUCUAGUGGUUCACCGAGCCAAGUACCUGCUCGAGAACGGGUUCGGGUGCUAUAACGUGUUCAAGAACAACUGCGAGGACUUUGCUAUCUACUGCAAGACGGGUUUGCUUGUUCUUGAUCAGAGUACGAUGGGGCAGAGCGGGCAGGCUGUGUCUAUCAUAGGUGGGCCCCUAGCGGCUGUUUUGUCUACGCCGCUCCGUUUAGUGACGACUAAUGUUUAUGGUAUGGCGGUGACUGCUGUUGGGGUUUAUUGCGCUAGCAGAUAUGCUGCGGAUGUUGGGAUGAGGAGCGAUGUUCUGAAAGUUCCGGUGGAGGAUCUUACUACGAGGCUUGCUACAGGUAUGCUUCAGGUUCUUGAACCUAGUUUCCAGGCUCUGGUUGCCCCUGCUAAUUAAUUAGCUUUGUUCCGUGAAUUUUUAUUCCAAUAUGUUGAAAUAUAUAUAUAUAUAUAUAUAUAUAUAUAUAUAUAUAUAUAUAUAUAUAUAUAUAUGGAUCUAUCCGUUAAUUACGAGACUAAGUACUAUGGUUCCUUGGUUAUAAUUGUGGCAAGAAACGACGGCUUUGUUGUAUACGUUGCGGUGCUUUAUUGAAGUUUGUUGGAGUACGUUUUGUUUAUGGAGAAUUCGAGUUAUAUAUUGCGUGGUGUUGUGCA